AGGAUGCGAGUCCUGGGCGGCCCGGAGGAUCCCGGCCCUCCCGAGGUCAGAGGCUCACCUGGAGUCCUCCCCUCCGGCUGGAGAAUCAUUCAUUGCAGCCAAGGCUGGCUGCUGCUGCCUCUCCUUCGCCUUCCCCUCCGCCGCCACCAGAGAAUGAGAGAAAAACAGAAGGGGAUGGGGCGGAGCAGCGGCGGCAAGAGUGAUGUUGCUGCGGCCGCUGCGCUGCGGCCCGGGUUAGGUCUCCCGUCUGGGGUGGGGCAAGGGGCGGGGCCGCGGGGCGGGGAACAAGAGCCCGGCGCGGCCCUUGGGCGAGGGACAGCGGUGCAUCGCCGCCCGCACCCCGCCGACCCCUCAGGGAUGACAGGCUCCGGUGCCCACCCAGGUCCCGCGCCCACCAGUCGGAUGCGGCGCCGCCACCGCCAGCCGUCACCCCACCGAACCCGAGCAUGCUGGGAGAUGUAGUCCUUCCUUUGUUAACCGGGUUCUGUCAGGUUGCUAAAGCUUUCUCCAGUCCUCAAGUCUGGGAGCCCCUCCUCCCACAUGCAACCCCUGAGUGUGUCUGCUGAGGCUGCACCACCCACGCGUGUUUUCUCGGCAACCGCCAUUCUCGGUUUCUCACUGCUCCAGCCAUUUUGCUUGCAGAUGGGGACAUGUCACUGUCCUCCAUUUCUCAGGGUGUCACCAGGCCUCCUAGAGCUUAAACUCCUAAACAUUAUUGGGCUCUGUGUUUUCUCUCCCUAGUCUGGUUUACUCCUGGCCUUCCUUUUAACGCUCUGCGGGAAGCACAGUUAACUGAUUCCACCUCUUGUGUCUGUACAUGGCCUCUGGCUCCAACCACUUCUUCAUGACCUUCCGUAUCCCUUGAAGGCCUGUCCACCUUCUGAUCCAUCAGCCUACCUCCACUACUCUGAUCCAGUCUAUACUCCUAAAAACCAUGCCAACACACUUUUCUAGCUCACGCGGAGCCCCGGGACUAUUCUAGGAGCUGAACCCUCCUUAAGGAGCCCACAGGCUGUAACAGGACUGACAGUUGCACCCUUGUGCCUUUGCCCAGAGAUUACAGUUCUUCCUCUACUGUUCUGCCACUUGGGCAGCACAAGCAUUUCGUCAUCUGUGAAGCUGUGCUGGUUAAUUUUUGUCAACACAAACGAGAGAUGUCUGGGAAAAGGAAAUCUCAACUGAGGAAUUGCCUGCAUCUGAUUGGUCUGUGGGGUAUAUUCUUGAUAGCUAAUUGAUGGAGGAGAGAGCCCAGCCCACUGUGGGAGGUAAUCCCCUGGGUAGGUAGUAAUGGGUUGUAUAAGAAAGAUAGCAGAUUGCGAGUCUGGAAGCCAGCCAGUAAAUAAUGUCUCUCCAUGAUUGCUACUUCAAGCUCCUGCCUUGAGGUCCUGACACUGAACCCUGCAGGGCAAAUAAACCCUCUCCUCCCCAAGUUACUCUUGGCGGGCAGUGUUUUAUUAUAGCAACAGAGAAGCAAAUUAAAUCAGGAACUCUUGGGCUGGAGAGAUGGCUCAGCGGUUAAGAGCACUGACUGCUCUUCUGAAGGUCCUGAGUUCAAUUCCCAGCAACCACAUGGUGGCUCACAAUCAUCUGUAAUGGGAUUUGAUGCCCUCUGAAGACAGCUACAGUAUACUCACAUACAUAAAAGUAGAUACUUUUUUUAAAGAUUUAUUUAUUUUAUGUAUGUGAGUACACUGUAGAUGUACAGAUGGUUGUGAACCUUCAUGUGGUUGUUGGGAGUUGAAUUUUUAGGACCUCUGCUUGCUCUGGUCAACCUUGCUCCUCGCUCUGUCCCUGUUUGCUCUGGCCCAAAGAUUUAUAUAUUAUUAUACAUAAGUACACUGUAGCUGACUUCAGACACACCAGAAGAGGGCAUCAGAUCUCAUUAUGGGUGGUUGUGAGCCACCAUGUGGUUGCUGGGACUUGAACUCAGGACCUUCAAAAGAGCAGUCAGUGUUCUUACUCACUAAGCCAUCUCACCAGCCCCUGGAUAAAUCUUUAAAAAACAAAACCAGAAGCUUUCUCUGACUGGGUGCUUC